UUUUUCUUUCAUAUAUGAAAGCAACAAGUAAUCAAUACCUUGAUCACACCGGCACCCAAAAGCCUUAAUCUUGGACUUACUCAUGCAAAACCCACAAAGAAAAAUCACAUCUUUAUUCAAAUUCAUCAGUUUCUGAUCCAAUUAAACAAGAUGGAGAAAGUUUAUGUGGCAAUUGGGAAUGAUGUGCAAGAGGGUCUUGCAACUCUUGAAUGGACUUUAAGAAAAUGGUCUUCUGUUAAUAUUUCCAUUGUUAUACUUCAUGCCGAUAUCAACAAAGACUAUGUUUACACAUAUUAUGGAAAGCUUCCUGCAAGUUAUGUGAAUGAUGAGAGUGUUGACUAUCUUAACAAGUUUGAGCAAGGGAAAGUCAACAAGAUUUUAAAUCAGUACAUAGCUUUCUGUGGUCAGGUGCAAACAGAAACUCUGAAUAUAGCGAAAUACGAUGAGCCGAUACCAAAAAGAAUCUUACAGGUUAUAUCGGGUCAUCGGAUAUGCAAGCUGGUGAUGGGAAUUACAUUCUUGAAAUCAUCUUCAAUGAAAUGUAAUAAUAUAUUUAGUGGAUUGAAGUAUAUUCAGAGAAAUAAGCCUUAUUUCUGUGAAUUGUAUUUGACAAGUGGAGGGAGAUUGUUUUACUUGAAAGAGAGAAACAAUGAGGAAGUUAUUGAAGAUGAUCAAGGAGAUACAGUAGCUAAAUUGAAUAAAAAGAGGGGUAGUUUUAAAGGUUGGAUCGGCAAAUUAUUUCCGGAGAAUGCGAAAAAUAAUCAGACUGCAUCUUCUUUAACGAGCGCGGAAUCGGUUCCAACUUGGGAUAAAUGUACAGAGGAGAUUGAAGAGUAUUUUAACCAGUUGCAGGGUUCAUAUGUUGAUGAAGAAUCAGAAAUUGUGCAGGUUUCGAGUGAUGGUUUGGAGAAUAGUCGAUCGAAAGAACUAGAUAUCCCUAAAGAUUUGAAUCCCAUUCAGAAAACCGAGUUCUUGAGAAUCAAAGUAGGCGAAGCAAGAGACGCCAUUCAUACGUACAAAAGAGAAGCCAAAGAAAGCGGGAAAAGAUGUUCAAAAGCAGAAUGGGCGAUUAAUCUGUGUACCUCAAGGGUAUCGGAUCUUGAAACUCGAUUAAACGAAGAAACCAUGAAACGAAGAGAUUUCGAGAAUGAUUUACACACCGUAAAAGAAGAAGUUACUGAAAACCAGAUUAGACUUCAGCAGAACAAAAGUAAGCUCAAUUCAACGCUCGAAAUCCUGAAAGAGUUGCCAAACAAACUUAAAUCAGUCACACUAGAGAAAUCACAACAUGAAGAACAGUUGAAGAAGAUGAUCCACAUAAGGGGUACCAUGAUUCUGGAGAUCGAAAAUUUGAGGAAACAAAAAGAUGUUAUGCAGAGAAGAAUAGAGUUUUGCAAAGAUAAAGACGCCAUCGAAACGGUGAAAAGAUUGAACGAUUUGAGCUUCUCUUACAAAGAGUUUACAGCCGACGAGAUCCGAGCAGGCACCGAAAACUUCUCAGACCACUGUCGGAUCAAAUGCUCCGGUGAUUACACAAAUGUGUAUAGAGCUCAAAUCAACGGUGAUUACACAAAUGUGUAUAGAGCUCAAAUCAACCAUGCCACAGUAGCUGUCAAGUUGUAUGAUUUUGAGACAAAACACGUUUCCGAUGGAGAAUUUGAUAAUAAGGUGAAGAUUUUGAGCCGUGUACAACAUCCACAUUUGGUGGCGAUGCUCGGGUUUUGCAGAGAGCUAAAAUGCAUCGUCUUCGAGUAUAUGCAUCAAAGCUGCUUAAGAAACGUGCUUUUCUCUAACAGUAGGAAAAAACAAGCGUUAAACUGGCAUGCUAAAGUCUGCGUUGCAGCCGAUGUUUGUUCGGGCCUAACCUACCUUCAUCUAGCCAAGCCCAGGCUCAUGGUUCACGGAAACCUGAACCUAACCAACAUCCUUCUGGACUGUAACAAUGUAGCAAAACUACACGGGUUUAGGCUAGAUAUGUUGAACGAUGAGUCUGAUGUUAGGUCUGAUAUUCGGGAUUUUGGGAGUUUGGUGUUGCAGCUUUUGACAGGGAGGAAUUGGUGUGGGCCGUUAGAUGAGGUGUUAGAUCAGCGGGCCGGGGAUUGGCCGUUGGAAGUGGCGAUAGAGAUUGCGAGAAUAGGAAUAAGGUGUUCGUGUAGGCAUGGUGAAGACGAUGUGUAUACGAGGAUGACGAUGGUGAUGAAAGAUAUGGAAGAGGUGCGGAAGAUGGCGGAUGAUCGGGUAGCGGAUGUUGGAUGUUUGGGAAACGAGUUUAGCGCGGAUUUGGAGAUACCGUCUUUCUUCUUCUGUCCAAUAUUACAGGAUGUAAUGAAGGAUCCACACAUUGCUUCGGAUGGAUUUUCAUAUGAGCUCAGCGCCAUAAAGCAAUGGCUAGAUAUGGGGAACAAUACAUCACCAAUGACAAAUUUAGAAUUAGAACACCAAUGGCUUACGCCUAAUCACACCCUUCGUUCGUUAAUUCAAGAUUGGCACAUGAAAAGAUCCAUCCCCAUCCCUCUAACAUAAACCAUAUAUAUGUAUGAAACUAUACAAUAUGUUCAUUGUUUGAAUCAUAGAAAAUUGACAAAGUUUCUUGAUGUUUUA